UAAUCAAAAAAGUACAAAAGAGAUUGGUAAUGUUUUUGAACGUCGAAUUGAAAAAUUAUUAAACAAACAUGAAAUUAAAGCACAUAUUUUUCCUUGCCGACGAGGAGAUGAUGGAAUUGAUAUUAUUGCUACAUUUAAUAGACGAAUUAUUCUUAUUCAAUGUAAAAAUGUUGCUAAAUCCUUAGAUGUUAAUAUUUUAAAAAAUUUUCAAGCCUCGGUUGGCCGGUUUGGAAAGGCGGUAUUAAGUGUUGUGGUUUAUAAUGGUAAAAAAUUGAAAAAUAACCCUUUAACUACAAAUGCCGAGAUAUGGUGGAAAGGGUCAUGUUCUAACAUUUGUAUUGAAACUGAGAAAACAAUUGUUGAUUGUAUUAAAAAUAAGAUAUCACAGAAAAAAUUCAAACAAACCGAAGAUUACAAGAAUGGUCAAGAUAUUAAACGGCAUAUUGAAAAUUUAUUAAAUCAAAAUGGAAUUCAAGCUAACCUUUUUCCUCAACGACGUGGAGAUAAUGGAAUUGAUAUCAUUGCCACAUUUAAUAGAAAAAUCAUUCUUAUUAAAUGUAUAAAUGUUAGUGGUCCUAUUCGUGACAACAUUUUAAGAGAUUUUCAAGCCUCAGUUUACCGGUUUGGAGAAGGAAUAUUAAAUGUUAUUGUUUAUAAUAAUGAAGAAUUGAAUAAUUCUUUAAUUAAAAAUGAAGGAUCAUCUCUUGAAAUUGUUAAUGAGAAAAUGAUUGUCCAAUAUAUUAAAAACAA